CAUGGCGGCCGGCAGCUCCGACAAGUUCUCGGUGCUGCUGCCCACCUACAAUGAGCGAGAGAACUUGCCCCUCGUUGUAUGGCUUCUGGCGCGCACCUUCCAGGAGAGUGGAAACAAUUAUGAAAUUAUCAUCAUAGAUGAUGGAAGCCCCGAUGGGACACAGGAAAUUGCUGAACAAUUGGAAAAGAUCUAUGGAUCAGAUAAAAUACUUCUAAGACCCAGAGCAAGAAAGUUGGGCCUUGGCACUGCUUAUAUUCAUGGAAUGAAGCAUGCCACUGGGAAUUUUAUUGUUAUUAUGGAUGCUGACCUUUCUCACCAUCCAAAAUUUAUUCCAGAGUUUAUCAGAAAGCAAAAAGAAGGCAAUUUUGAUAUUGUAUCUGGAACAAGGUAUAAAGGAAAUGGAGGAGUAUAUGGCUGGGAUUUGAAAAGAAAAUUAAUCAGUCGUGGUGCCAAUUUUCUAACUCAGGUUUUGCUGAGACCAGGUGCAUCAGACUUAACAGGAAGUUUCAGGUUAUACAGAAAGGAAGUCUUGCAGAAACUAAUGGAAAAAUGUGUUUCUAAAGGAUACGUCUUCCAGAUGGAGAUGAUUGUUCGGGCUAGACAGUUAGGCUUUACUAUUGGAGAGGUUCCUAUUUCAUUUGUGGACCGUGUCUAUGGAGAAUCUAAACUGGGAGGCAAUGAAAUAGUCUCCUUCUUAAAGGGACUCUUGACCUUGUUUGCUACAACAUGAUAAUCUAUCCUGAAUUAAGUUUUUUAGAAAACACUUUUCUGGUAUCAGUGUGCUUUUAAGCUUGGUAAUUUGUAUAGAACAGUUGCUAUAAACUAACAAUUAAACCAUAAUAAAUAAAUAUGUUGUAUCCAAAAAUUCUCCUUUCAAUGGACUGUAUGCUAAACUAAAAACUA